UAAUAAUAAUAACGGCGAUUGCAAUGGCAUCAGCGCUACGUAUAAUGAUGUUAGACAUACCCAGUCCUUCAAUGGCCGGCGAAUCAGUGGAAUUAAUGUGUAGUUAUGACUUGGAGAACGACAAACUCUACUCUAUUAAAUGGUAUAAAAAUGGUUACGAAUUUUAUAGAUAUGUGCCUCGCGAUUGGCCACAGGCUCAGUAUUUAGCGAUGCCCGGCAUCAAAGUCGAUCUUUCGCGAUCGGAUAAGAUGUCAGUAUAUCUACAAAACGUGAAUCUGAGCACUAGUGGAAAGUACAGAUGCGAGAUCAGUGCCGAGGCUCCCAGCUUUAAUACGGCGGCCGCUGAAGACUAUUUGGUGAUAAACGUACUGCCAUCGGAAGGGCCGCGGAUAUCGACGGGCGGCGGCCAAACGGCAUACCUUCCCGGGGAACUCGUGGUCGCCAACUGCACGUCAGCCAAGUCUAAACCCGGGGCUUAUCUUAAUUUUACCAUUAAUGAGGAGCCGGUCGGUGCGGACCAUACCGUGGAGUACAGCACAACAUUACACGCCGACGGCUUAGAGACGUCUAGUCUUAGCCUGAGAUUCAAAGCCCAAGAGAAACACUUUGUGACCACCUCUGGCCACAUGACCCUCCGGUGCACUUCAACCAUAUCCAGACUUUACAAAAUCAAAAACGAGGCACAACUCAUACUUUACAACAAGAAUGAUAAAUUACAACAACAAUCGGGCCUUCAUAUUAUGAAUAGUGAAAAUUUAAGCCAA